AUGCCUUCUCCAGCAAAGGUCGGCAGCGCUAUCCCGCGCCCGCUCUCGGAAAUUUCCCCGACUGAGAAGCGGCGGAAUUCGCCAAGCUGGAACCAGACCACCAAGAAAAUGACCCUCACCGACUCGUCCCCGUUCCAGUCGUCGCCCUUGGAGAGCAGCACCACUACCUCUCCUCGCAUGUUCUGGCAGAACCGCAGCUACAACUCGGAAAACAGCUACGGCGCGUGUUCUGGCUCGCCAUCCCCGUGCCGCCGCUCCUCCAUUGAGCGCUUGCAGAAGGCCUCCCGUGUCAAGAAUAGCAACAUCCUGGCCCUCGAACAGAAGCAGGAAUACGACCCGACGCGGUUGCCUCACAUUGAGCGCCCUCUGGCCAAAGUCCAAGGCAACGCCUUAGGCGGUAGUGGCGCCACUGGCGUUCGUUCUGAGAACCGGCCUUUCGGCCAUCACAGGAGUGAGAGCAAGACCAGCAUCCCCAUCCUGAGCCCCUCCAAGACAGUUCCAGCGCCAAAUAGCUCGCCGGUGCGGCCGACAACACCCAGCAAGGAUCAACCGUCGCCCAUGAAGUCCUCGCUCUCGUCGCGCUUAAAGAGCAGCUUCGAUCCCGAGACGGGCACAUGGUCGGAAAUGUCCGGAGACGAGCGCCAACUGCCGGAGGGCAAGUCACUCCACCGCCACCAGAAGAGUGUUACAUUUGAUGCAGCUCCGCCCCAGGUCAACGAGUAUGAGAUGGCCACCCCCGAUCUCUCCUCCAUCGGGAGCAACUCCAGGGAAGGCAGCUACGACUCCGAAGAAGACGAGGACGAUGAGGAGCACUACAUGAUUCACGGCACCGUCGAUCCCGAUGACAGUUUUGAUGCCUCGCUCGAGGACACUGAUAAGACCCCCGUUGUGGGCCCGGACGACUGGAGGCAAAGCAGCCAUGACGAUCCUUUCGAGAACAGCCCCAUGCCCGAGGACCUUCCACCCAUCCGGAAGCAGCUUCACCGUCGCACAGACUCUUCCAACUCAAACGGCGAGAGCCGGCCUUUGCCACCUCUUCCAGGCUUGGGUUCGAUGACAAGGAGCCUGCCGUCACCUCCGCCUGCAUCCGGCACCAAGUCCGAGACCCAGAAUAUCGGUAACGGAAAGAUGCCUCUCGAGGAGCGCCUGAGGCUCAUGAUGCUCUCUGAUGACGGCAAAUCUGCGGCUGAGCAGCAGCGGGAGCGCCGCAUGAGACGCGCCGGCGCUCGCGAGCAUGCGGAGAGCCAAACACCCGAGCGUGAGAGUCGGAGCCCCAGCGUUCAGCCUCUGUCAGACUACGAGCAGGAGGCGGAAGAUACUAUUGGGGAUCUAUCUGGCCUCGAUGACUAUCAGCUUCCUCCUCGCAUCUCGCGGGAGUCAAUCCUCCGCCGUGUGAACGGAAACAAAGCCUUCGACCGCGACUCGAACUACCACUUCUCAUCGCCUCCUGCUUCCUCGUCCCCUGAGCGCGCCCUGCCCUAUGAUCCCGACGUACCUAUUCCUAGCACUGAGGAUUCCAUGAUGGACGAAGAUUCGGAUGACGGCAGUGUCAUCAUAAAGCGUGACGUUGAGGACAAUGACAUCGAUGUCUAUUUGAUUCCUGACAUGUACCAGCGGUCCGAGACAUUGGAUGACGAAGACCUGGAUUACGACAAGAGGCAUGUGGACGAUGACAGUGCCAGCCAGUACUCAAACGACGAUGAGCCUCAGGACAACAAGGCACAGCAACCCGAGGAGGAUCAAGUUCCCACGCCGCGGGCCACCUCCCCCGCGGAUGAGCCGGCGGCUGCCGAAGCAGAGAACCGCGAAGCUGCCGCAUCAGCCGAGCCGUCAGAUCGAAACCAGGAGAGUGAUUUCUCCAGAAGCUUCGAUUCUUGCAUCCUGUCUAAGCCUGAGGAGCCCAAGGUUGCUGCGGAACCCGAGAAGUCAAGCAUGAAUGAUGCUCAGGCACUAGCCCCGCGACCUUUCACGCCCGAGCAACAGCUCACAAGGUCUCUGACGAAGCCUGAAUAUGAUGGCUCGGGAUGGGGCGAGCCCGAGGAAGCAUAUGACGAGCCCGGCACCCCUGAUUCAGUCAUACAUCACCCGCUGCCCGACAGCGAUGACCACCGUCCCAUGCCCGACAGCGAUGAAGAGGCGGCCCGGCACUCUCCUGCAAUCCCUGAACAGCUGGCAACGAUCAAAUCCGCGUCUGGUUCCAAGCUAAAGACGCGGCCGUCUGCCACUCCGUCGGACAUUGCGGCCAUGCGAGAGGCUCGCCGCCAGGUCAGCCGCGAAGUUCCGCCAAUCCCUGAACGUAACCGAAGCCGCAUUUCUCGUGACGUGGAGCCCGAGAUCAGCGAGGCCACUGGCGACUUCCUCGAGCGCCACCCGAGCUUUAAGAAGCGCAGCCUCACGCUGGAUCUUGACCUCGGCCUCAGCCUUGACCAGGACUUUGACCGGGUCAUCGAGGCUCAAAAGCGCGGCUACCUGAUGCGACAGAACACGAAGCUCGUCACAGCCAGCGACAAGGACACUGACGACGUCCGCGCUUGCCGCUCGGCUGGUAACUCGCCGGUGAAGCCUGCCCGCCCGCAGUCCUGGACCGUCGAGCCCUGGAGCGGCGGUCAGAGGAAGCGGAGCUACCGCAAGAGACACCCCGUAACAGGGCCCGUCCCGCCCUUGCCUGGUCAGGAGAGCAAUGCUGCCGCCCUGGGCCAGGUCAACGAAGAGGACAUGGCUGUGGAGAUGGCAACUGAAGAGAACGGUGAGAGAGGCAGGCUCUUCGUUAAAGUGAUGGGAGUCAAAGACCUCGACCUGCCAAUUCCAAAGAACGAACGUACAUGGUUCAGCCUGACGCUCGACAACGGCGUCCACUGCGUGACUACCGCCUGGCUUGAGCUGGCGCGCAACGCGCCGAUCGGGCAAGAAUUCGAGCUCGUCGUGCCCAACGACCUCGAGUUCCAACUCACCCUCAAUGUCAAGCUCGAGAAACCCACUCCGGCACCCGUCAGCAAGAAGGCGUUGCCCUCCCCCACCAAAGCUUCCAAACCCAAGACGUCAACCUUCAGCCGCGUCUUCGCGUCCCCCAAGAAGCGCCGCGAGAUGGAACAGCGCCAGAAGCAGCAGGAGGAGGAGGAGCGGCUCGCCGCCCAGCGCGAGGCGCAGGCCCGGCAAAUGAUGAUGAAGGCGUCGCAGCACCCGACGGCAUGGGACCUUCUCAGCCCGCUGGCGGCCGAGGACGGCAGCUUUGCGCGCGCCUACGUCUGUCUCAAGGAGCACGAGCCGCGCUGCUUUGGCCGGCCGUACCAGGUCGAGGUGGCCGCCUUCAACGAGUGGGCCACCGAGGACGCGGGCUUCGCGUCGAGCGUCAAGAGCAAGCGCAGCAACGCCGGCGGCGCCGCGGGCGGUGUCAUUCGCCGUGCGCCUUACAAGAUCGGUAAGCUCGAGCUGCAGCUGCUGUUUGUGCCGCGCCCAAAGGGCGCCACCGACGACGACAUGCCCAAGAGCAUGAACUCGUGCAUUCGCGAGAUGAAGGCGGUUGAGGAGCGCCUCGCCCGCUGCUGGGAGGGCCAUCUCAGCCAGCAAGGCGGCGACUGCCCUUACUGGCGCCGCCGCUACUUCAAGUUGGUCGGCACCAAGCUCACGGCCUACCACGAGGCGACGCGCCAGCCGCGCGCGACCAUCAACCUGGCCAACGCCAAGCGGCUGAUUGACGACCGGCGCACGCUCAUGGAAAAGGAGACCACGGGCAAGGGCGGCAAGCGUCGCCGGUCGGCGUUUGCCGAGGAGGAGGAGGGGUACAUGUUUGUCGAGGAGGGGUUCCGCAUCCGGUUUAACAACGGCGAGCUCAUUGACUUUUAUGCCGACUCGACGGCGGAUAAGGAAGGGUGGAUGCGGGUCCUGGGCGAGGUCAUUGGGCGCGACAGCCUCGGGUCGGUUGACGGCGCCGAUGACUUGACCGGGACAGGCGGGGGAAGCAGCAAGAUGAAGGGCAAGUGGUGUGAGCUGGUGUUGAAGAGGGAGGAGGCGCAGAGGAAGAGGGCUGAGGGGAAGAGGGUGCAUUCGCGGUCUAAGAGUAUGUAUGUGUAA